CAUUAGCCCAAAGGAAGUUCCAGUUUGUUCAGAUGAUUUUAGAUCUGAUAGAGUGGUUGUUUCCGUCUUGCAUCAAAUAAUGGACACAAUUGUAAAGAAAGGGCAGACGGUUCUUGAAAUGCACAAAGGAUUAGAUGCAACUGACAGCAACCCAGAUCUAGAUGUAGAAGAACUGGAAGCAGUUGACAAACUUACAGCUAGCGCCCAAACAGAGAGCAUAUCUGAAGUCAAUGGCUCUGUUUCCACAGAGAUCGUAUCUGAAGUUCAUACAGAGGAGUUUGACACUGCUGAAAUGGCUUUGGAUGAUGGACAUGAGGUUGAUGUUACACAUCCGGAACAAAGCCUUAAAGAACUAGAAAGUGUUGAUGAGAUCUAUCAGCUGGGGGAAUGCCUAUCAGCUGCUUCUACAGAUAUAUUCCCUCCAGGUGAAGACAUUGUCCUGGAGGAAGGAUCUCUAGUUGAGGCACAUCUAGCUGAAACAGAGCCCCCAAAGAAUGACCCUCAAGUAGCAGCUGGAACAGAAGCUGAGGAAACCAGGGAUGAGGCUAUGGAGCAGGAAGUCCAAUCUCUGACAGAAAAGGAAGAUCUUAUUCACAAUGUCACUGAUCAAAUUCAGGUUGAGGAUAAAGAUGAACCACCAGUAGAGGCCAAGGAGAAGCAGGAGUUGGAUCCAGAGGAGGGUAGGAGUGUUCAAUCCCCUGAAAAGGACAUUAUAUCAGAAGACAUACCAGCAGCGGAAACACAUGAACACAAAGAGGAAACAUUGCCCCUUACUGAGGUCAACGUUGAGCCAGAGAAGGAAGAUGAACUACAAACAGAUCUUCAAGAACAGGAAGCUUCAGAAGCUCUGCAAACCUCCACAUUGGUUUCAGAGGAGGGCAGUGAUCAAUCAGCAACCGAGGAAGUACAAUCAGAGGACUUUCCUGAAGCAGAACCUGUCACAGAUCAACUCAAACAGACAGAAGAGUGUCUCGCUGAAGCCAGUGUUGAGCCAGAAGAAUCAAAAAAGGAUUUAUUACCUCUAACCGAAGACAAUCUUGAGCAAGUUGGGGCUUCCAGAACAGUUGAAGAAGUAUUAGAAGCUGAAAAAGCAUCUGCAUCAACUUCAGAGGUAGGUAGUCUUCUUUCUCUUGAAAAUGAAGAAAUCCCAGGGGAUAUUUCAGCAGUGGAAGCAGUUACAGAUGAACCCAAAGCAGAAACAAUGCCUUGCACUGGAGACAAUCUUGAGCCAGUGGAUGCUCCCAAAACCAAUGAUGAAACACCAGAAGUAUUAGAGGUUGCCCAAGUACCAACAUUUGGACCUCCAGAGGUCAGAGUUCAAUUGCUUGAGAACGACAUCAUAUCAGAGGAUGUUCCCGAACCACAGAAAGUUAUAGAUGAAGCCAAAGAGGAGACACUACCUUGCACUGAUGCCAAUCUUGAGCCAGGGGAUUCUCCUAAAACCGAUAAUGAAAUACCAGAAGUAUCAGAGGCUCGUACUGAAGCAAACAUUCAGCCAGUAGAUGAAGAUGUUCAAGAAUCAGUAGUAUUACCAGCUGCUCAAGUACCCACAUUAGAUUCAGAGGCAGGCAGUCUUCAACCAUUUGAAAAAGAGGUAAUAUCCGAGGAUGUUUCAGGUGAAACUAAAGAGGAAACAAUACCUUGCUCUGAAGCCAAUGCUCAGCCAGUUGAUGUUCCCAAAACAAGUGAAGAACCAGAAGUAUUACCAGCCAUAUUAGGUUCGGAAGACGUAAUAGAAACAAUUCCUCUAAAUAAAGACAACACUGAGUCAAUGGAAACACCAGAAACUGAACAUGACCAAGACGAAGAAAUAAUACAAGCUGUUCAAGCAUCGAGAUCAGAUUCAGAGGUGGGUAGCCCUAUACCACUUGAAGAGGAAGUAGUGUCAGAGGAUACUCAGGAAGCAGAAACCGUUACAGAGGAACCUAGAGAUGAGACAAUAACUCCCCUUACUGUCACCUCUGAGCCAGUGGAGGCUUCCAAAACGGGACAUAUUCAAGAACCAGAAGAAGUGCAAGCUGUAAAAGAAGCAACAUCAGAUUCAGAGGUGGGUAGCUUUCCAUCAAUUGAAAAAGAGGUAGUAUCUGAGGAUGUUCGUGAACAAAAAACAAUAUCAGAUGAACCCAAAGAGGAAACAAAGCCUUGCACUGAAGCCGACAGUGAGGAUACUUCCAAAACAGUGGGACAACAAGAAAUAUUAGAAGCUGUGGAAACACCUGCAUCAGAUUCAGAGGUCGGUAGCCCUCAAUCGUUUGUAAAGGAGGUUAUCUCAGAAGAUAUUCCAGUAGUGGAAACAGAUAAAGAUGAACCCAAACAGGAUGAUGAAGUUGAGCCGGAAGAAAGACUACCAGAGGAAGCUGCCAUAACUGAACAUGUCCAAGAAGCAGAAGUACUACCAUCUGAUUCAGAAGCUAUAGUGACUGAAAUAACAGCUGAUGAAGGAACAUCAAUGGAUGUGAAGGAGGUCCUAGAAGAUAUUGAGGGAGGUAAUGCUCAGCAGGAGAUAUUAAUAGAAGGCGUUCCAAAAGCAGACGUUGAGCAUGUCAUGGCUUCAGUUACACAUGGGAUUGAAAAUGAAGUUGUGGCCCAACUGGAUACUUCUUUAGAGAUGGCAGAGGAUCAGAACACAGGAAGUAUCCCACAGGAUGUUGUGGUUGAGCAGGAAAACUGCGUACCUGAAGUUGUAGACGAGAUACAAACAUUGACAGCAGUUUCUGUAUUCAAGGAUGAGUUAGAGACUUCCACACCGUUACUGAAAGAUGAAGCAGAUGAAAAAGUAGAGGGAGGCAGCGUGGUGAUAAUGAUGCAUGUGCCAUCUGUCGAGUCUGAGGACAACCAAAGAAUUCAGGUGCAGGUGGUGGACGUUGAUGUAAAAUCAGCCGAGAGAAUUCAGGACUCAGUGCUAGAGGUAGUGGUCACAGAAGACAAGGAAGUCAUCGCUUUUUGUCAUGAAACAGUCACAAAGGUCUUCUCAGCAACUCCAGAGAUUGAAGAGGAACUAAUUAACAAGGAACUCAAGGUGGUCAUUGAAGAAGUCGUCCCACACGUAAAGGAAAACUUACCAGAACCUGAAUCAGUGGUGGAACAAGAAGGCGUAGAUCCGCCAGAAGCUGUCAAAGAAGUGGUUCGAGGUGAAGCUGAGGCCCCAAAAGCAAUGGAGGAUAAUAGUGAAACAUUUAGAGAAAGACAAGAAGAAGCCUCUACUGUUGUCCGUGAUGUCUCUGCACCUGAACAAGUGUCCAAGGAUCUUGGUCCAAAUCAACCGGAGAGUCCAGAUUCCGCCAUCAUCGAAGAGAAACAGGAUUUGGAGGAAACUAAAGUUGAGCAGGAAAGAUGCAAAGCAGGGGUUGUUGUAGAAGAGGUCAAAUUGGAUCAAAGGAUUCACGAGGAAGCUCAAACGAUCCAGAGUCCGAUUGGAACGCACGGUAACGCUGGAAUAGCUACCCCACACAACACUGGGAUCAUCUCCUCAACAAGUACCGUCAUCGAAUCUCCUCCAAGUGUUUCUAUUGAACUCAAACUCAACACACAGUGCAGACGAGCGACUUCACAAGCUCCAGACGUGUCGGGGGUGGGAGUUCAGGCGGGGGAGGAGCCUGUGAACCAAACACAAAGAGAUGAGAGCGAGAUACAGGUGAAAGAGAGAGCUGUUCAGGAAACAGAGAUCACAGAGCCAGCCUCAGAUUCAACAGAAAGAGCCAUCGUCAUGACUCCUCCUGUCCUCCUGGAUAUUCACAUCCAAGCGCUGGAAGAAACCAAACCAGCGGAGAGAGGGACCUCUAGUGUCCCGGAGGCAGAAACCAAACAACCUGUGAAGCAAACCGAGAGAAGAGGAGUGUCCCGAAGCCAGCCGGUUACCUCUGGAGCUUCUGCCCAACAAGUGGAGGAGCCAGUCGAAGCAAAGGAGGAGGACCAUGAGCAGGAUGUGUGGAUGGAUGCGGAGGAAGACAUUCGGGAGGAAACCGAGGCGCCCCGUAAAGAGGAGGAGGAGUUUCUGGAGCGAUGCAAAGGAGACGAGAAAGAGGAGAAGGCAGGACUUGAGUUAGAAACGGCUCCGAAUGGAAAGACGGAGGAGGAAGAACGUCAUCUGGAGAGUGAUGAAGAUUUCGCUGUUGCACUCGAGAGUCCUGACCCCGAAACUGUGAGCGUCAGCACGAUGUAGUGGGACUGGUUUCCCCCAAAGUCAGCGUCAGUAACCAGGUUGGACAAUCAAAGAGGACGGCGUUUUCAAAAAGCCUUUGAAGAGUUUCACCGGCAGAAAAACAUUUUGAUGCUUUUAUUGACAUCCAAAAAUCUAAGUUUGUAUGUAAGAGUAUUUGAUCAAUAUGAAUAUCAUAUAUAAGUGUGUGGUUAAACAGAGGAGAGUGCUGCAGGGUGCUCGGCUCAGGGUGCUCGGCUCAGGGUGCUCGGCUCAGGGUGCAUGCAGAGUGAGUUUUAUUACUAAUCCUGUCUUUCUAAUGAUAUAAAUCAUGUUUUUGCAGAUUUAUCAGAUGUCUCACUUUAGCGCUUUAAAUUCAUUAAAGGUGGGGGCGUAGGUACGUUUGAGAAACCGGCUCGAGAUACACUCCAUUCCAUUGAAUGCUCUAUAACAUCCCGAUAGCAAUG